AUGCUGGCAGUUGAGGAGGGCCACUUGGAUGUCGCCAGAUUGCUGCUGGACAAAGGCGCUCUGCCCUGGUGCAAGGAUGAGACUGGGUUCACAGCCAAGGAUCGAUGUGACAAGAGCAUCCAAUCAGAUCUCACACAGCUUCUACUGAUUGGGGGUCAUCGGGUGGAAAGUCCGGUGGUGAGAGUUUGA